GAUCUCCACUGAGCUCCGGGAAGUCCACAGUGGUGUCGGGAUGUAUUUAAGCACCAUCUCGGUUUAACUUUGCGCGGUACAUGCUUAACCCGAUAGUAAUCCAACAUUUUGAGGGGUUUGUGUUUUUUCUAAAUUCCACAUGUCGGACAUGCUCUGAGACACUGGUCGGACUCGGACUUUACUCCUGUGUUGUAUUUGGCGACCUGCAGGUUAUUUUAUUUGGUCUGAGCAUCGCCGCCGGAGCGCAGCGGGAGCAGGACAGCCUCACAGCCUCAGGAUGAAUGUACCUGCCGUCAUGUUGCUCAUCCACUUGACCCACAGUCAUUUGAAAGCUCUGGAGACCAGCGGGGUGGAAGGAGGGGUUAGAUGCCCUCUUGGCCAAUUCCCAUGUGGAAACAUGAGUGAGUGCCUCCCUCAAGUUUUGCAGUGUAAUGGACACAAAGACUGUCCCAAUGGAGCUGAUGAGAGACAGUGUGGGGACAACAUCGGAUGGGCAGAUUUAUUUGCCCGCACACUACAGAAGACUAACCCUGUGGACCAGUACUUCCUCAAUGAGUGUUUAUUGCAGGAGUUUCCAGAGAGCUGUGACUGCAUACAGACGGAUGUUGAGUGCGUGGAGGUCAGCCUGCAGGAUGUUCCGUCGCUCUCGCCAAAUGUUACCUGGCUGUCCCUGAGGAGCAAUGAGAUCCGCGUGUUGUCCGAUUUUGUUUUCUCACAAUACUCUGCCCUGGAGAGACUGUUUCUGCAGAACAACAGCCUCCACUUCAUAUCUAAGCAUGCAUUCAGCGGUCUGCACAGUCUAAAGAGGUUGUUUCUCAGUGAGAACUUAAUCUCCUUCCUCAGUCCUGGUGUGUUCAGGGAUCUAAAUCAAUUGGAGUGGCUGAUGUUGGACCAUAACCCGCUAAGCAGCUUGUCCCAGGACACCUUCACUGGGCUCCAGUCUCUCAUGUAUUUGUCCAUGGUGAACACUUCACUGCAGCAGCUUCCUCAUCCAAGCUUCUGUCAACACAUGCCUGCCUUGGACUGGCUGGAUCUUGAGGGAAACCAGAUUCAAACUCUUAACUACUCUAUCUUAAAGACAUGCAGCAAGCUUGAAGUUUUGUUACUGAUGGACAACAGGAUUAGGACAAUUCCCGAAAACACCUUCCAGUCUCUGUGGAAGGUGGCUGAACUGGAUCUGUCUAGGAACAGGAUUAGGGAGCUGCCAAAAAACACCUUCAAGAGUCUCUCCAAAUCCCUCCUUAAACUAAAUAUCUCCCAUAAUCCUCUCCUCCGCAUUCAUCCAAGCCAUUUCCACCACCUGACACAUCUUCAGUCUCUAGCGCUGGAGGGAAUUGAGAUCUCAGAUAUUCAGACUAAGGUGUUUCUUCCCAUGAAGAACCUCUCCCACAUCUAUUUCAAGAAGUUUCAGUACUGUUCCUAUGCACCUCAUGUGAGGUCCUGUAAACCCAACACAGAUGGCAUCUCUUCUUUUGAGGACCUCCUGGCUAACAUGGUGCUGCGGGUGUCUGUCUGGGUCAUGGCCUUCAUCACCUGCUUCGGUAACCUGUUUGUCAUCGGCAUGAGGUCGCUGAUUCGUGCUGAGAACAACCUGCAUGCUGCCUGCAUCAAAGUUCUCUGCUGUGCUGACUGCCUCAUGGGCGUGUACCUGUUUUUCGUUGGCGUAUCUGAUGUAAAAUUCCGUGGUCAGUACAACCGUUACGCCCUGCUGUGGAUGGAAAGUGCGGAGUGUCGGACCAUCGGAUUCCUGGCCAUGCUCUCCUCAGAGGUGUCUGUUCUCCUCCUGACCUACCUGACUCUGGAGAAGUUCCUUGUCAUUGUUUUCCCUUUUAGCAAUUUGCGCCCAGGCAAAUUUCAGACAGGGGUGGUCCUGGCUUCGAUCUGGUUGCUGGGGUUUAUUAUUGCAGCCGUGCCCCUAAUGAAUGAGGACGUCUUUGGGAACUACUACGGACGUAAUGGGGUCUGCUUUCCCCUGCACUCUGACAGGCAAGAAAAACCUACUGCCAAAGGAUAUUCCACAGGGAUUUUUCUGGGUCUAAACCUGGUGGCUUUCCUGGUGAUUGUAUUCUCCUACUCCAGUAUGUUCUGCUCCAUCUAUAAAACCGGCAUCAAUGCCACCGACCUGAGGAGCAGGCUGCACAGAGAUGUGGCUGUGGCCAACAGGUUUUUCUUCAUAGUGUUCUCUGAUGCCCUCUGCUGGAUUCCUAUAUUUUUGGUGAAAGUCCUCUCGCUGCUGGAGGUGGAGAUACCAGGCACUAUCUCCAGCUGGGUUGUCAUCUUCAUCCUUCCCAUCAACAGUGCCUUGAACCCCAUCCUGUACACCUUGACCACCAGCUUCUUCCGAGAGCAGGUGGAAGUUUUACUCUGUCACUGGCAGAGGAGACAUACAUUGAAGAAAGACCGCAAAAGCCUUACCUCGUCCACAAUCUUUAUGGAGACGUCACGGGGUCUGUGCUACCAGCCACCCGUUUACCUCAAGAAGGUGUCACUUAUAAGCGCAGAUCCUCGCUAUGCCUGAUGGUGUAUUUGUAGAGAUACCGCAUUUUGUAAGCUACUAGUCCUUUUUUAUUGUUUUACUCCAUCUUUAAGAACAAAGCGUGCUUCAACAGACUUUUGCUUGGAAAUAAUUAGCAGUCACUGUGCUGUCUCAUCAUGCUGUGACAUUUAUAAACUGUGAUGACAACCCCAGAAACACACGCCAACCCCCCUCAACAGAUGACUUUCUCAUCAUCCCAUUCAAGCUACUUGUUGACUUUAUAUGUGCAAUGAAAUUUGAAAUGAAACCAUUUCCAUUUAUUCACUCACUUCCUUCCUUCCUUCUUCAUAAGGUGAUACAAGUACAUCCUGGAGAGUCAUGUAGAGGCAGACAUUCACCAAUGUUCACAUUCACACCCACAUCCAGGGUAGAAUCACCAAAUAUCCUAACAUGAAUAUAUUUGGACAUAAAUACAAAUAGAACCCAAAGAGAGCCCAUGCAGGCCAGACCUUUUUGCUUUGAGGCAAAAGACCUAACCACUGUAGCACUUUACCAGCCAGCCUCGCCUCUGUCAGUGCGCCCCAGGGUGGCUGUGGCUACAGCGUAGCUUGCCAUCACCAGUGUGUGAAUGUGUGUCCAAUCAUAAUUUAGAAAAUAUACUGUUAAUGUCAAGCCAUCCUGAGGAUGACACAGGCCUUAAAACGGGUGUCAAACAUAGGGCCCAGGGGCUAGAAUUGGCCAGGCAAAAACUCCAAUCCCAUUGGACUGCUUUGGGAAAAUUGAAGGAGAUCAUAAAUCUUGGACUUCUUACUGUACUUUUGUAAGUUUUACAGCUUUUUUCUACUGAUAAAGACCCCACUCCCCACCUCCUCCCAGUGAAAACAGAACUUUUCCUGGAAAUUUCCUGGAAAUUAACAUUAAUCUUUUUUUAAUGAUAGGACAGUCUGGGCAAUAAGCUACCAAAACUUUUUAUGUAAUUUUACACAUUUAUUUCUGACUAUCGAAGCCCAAAAAGUCAUUCUGACAUAUUUCUUUUAUUUAUUUAGAGCAGCAUUUCUUUAUCACGUAGAAAGAGAUGUCCAAUUUAAAUGGCACUUCUUAUUAAUCUGUUAAGAUAUAGGAGGGAUUAAAUGUGCAGUUAACUUCUUUAAACCAAUAGAAAAGCGAGUUUCAGUUAAGAUGAAAGUGAGUUAUAUGUAGCCCAUGAUGUAAAAUGACAUCUCUGCCUUAAGUCUAUCAAGAAAAGUGUUCUUUGAGUCCUGUAAAAUACACACAUAGAUCCUAAUCCAUCACUGUGGUGAACUUUUUAUGAAGUUUAGAAGCUGUGGGACAAACACAGAGAGACUGACAAAUACCAGUGGCACAAUAUUAAUGAAUAACAUAUUUUUAUAUACAGAGCUAUUCAGUUAAUCUCUCCUUACCUACUGGUUUCGUUUUCUUCUUGCCCUUGCCCAAGCAGUUUGCCCUUUAAUUCCUCCAUCCCUCCAUCCCCAUCAGGGUGUUUAUCAGCUUGUUUAACUUUCCUCAUAAUUCUUGCUUUCAUGUCAUAUUCUUCCAUUUACAUGUACUGUAUCUGCUUUGACUUUACUAAUGUUUAAACUGAACCAAUAUGCUGCAGGCUCUUUGUGCCAUAGUCAUGCUGUUUAAGACGACUGCUCUGAGCUCCUCAUUUGACUGACUACAACUGGAUGAAAGCAUUUUGUACAUGCAUGUCAUAUUACAUGUAAUUAACGAACUGACAAAUGAGGAGACUGAAUUGUGACACUCUGAACAUCUGCACAUGAGAUGUUGGAGCUGGACUUUUCCAGCUUUCUUUCAUGUUUUGAUGACUCAGAUUUUUUUCUAUACCAGUGCACCAAUGUACCUUUAAAUAGCUGCUUUAACUUAGUGACAAUCAUUAAACGUGGAGGAGUUUAGACACUGAGGACAUGAAAAGGAAAGCUGGACAGAUGAAUAAAAAUGGUUGUCUAAUGCUUGCAUACAUUUCUCAUUAAUAUGCCAAGCAAUGGGAUCCCAACAAGGCCCUUAUUUCCUGUUAUGCUGUAUUGAUGUGCAUAUGUUUAUGUUUAGUGUAUAAAAUUCGGUACGGAUCCUC